AUGGUUACCGAAUACUUAUUGACACUCUUAUAUCUAGGUUGUGGAAAAGGAAAACGGGAGUGUAUCUAUCCGCCUCCGCCGGUUCCAAAAUCAACAAAAAAACAUAGUGUGAAGGUUGAAGAGUCCUGCCCAGUGAUUGCUGAAAGCGGGCUUGAAGGUGGAUCCGAGAAGGGUCAAAGUACUGGGCAAGGUACACUAAGCAGCUCCCAAGGAGCAAAAUCGCCGGACAACACAGGAGUGCGGCACACAGGUAAAACUAAGACGAAAAGCACCGGAACUCGCCGAUCUACCAAUACCAGCCAUAAACAGAAAUCGGUUAAUUCAGAGGUCUGGACUACCUCUCAAGAUACCAGUGCAUCCCCCGCCAGUGAUAUGACGGUACAUUCCACAGGGUCCCACAGCCCUCCAGCCCAUGCCGAUAUUUACUGGGAUCAAUUCGAUGAUACCCUUGACUUGGCGUCUAGCAUUGCAGAUACCCCUGGCCUUAGUGACGAUAUAAAAUUCUUCCUAAGGUAUCAUACGCAGCAUAUUACGCACUCACACUACAUGAUGAAAUCUGUUGCUGCUAAAUUUAUUAGUGAAGACCUGGUGAAAUACGCCUUAGAAUAUGAACCUCUCCUGUAUGCCUUGGUUGCAUUUUCUGCCUAUCAUUAUUCUAUUAAACAUCCUAAUGGCCGACUCUAUACCUUUCUCCAAUACUACAACAAAUCCGUUUCAUCCCUCCUCAGUUCUUUAAAAAGUCGCCAGCCGCACAGAGAUGCCACGGUUCUCACUAUACUUCAGCUAACCACUUUCGAGGAAUACGUUGGAGACUGGGUCAAUCUGAUCGAUCAUCAUCAUGCAGCUCAUCAGAUGAUUCUUGAAAUGUACUCACCGGACACAAUCUUGGACGACAGGUUCCGCACGCACAUUAUCCACUGGAAUAUGCGGUACGAUGUCAUGGCUGGUUUAAUGGCUGGUAAUGCCACAAUCCUAGGUCAAGAAUGGUAUAUACUAGCGGAGAAGCAGGCCUACCAGGAAGCGGCAGAUGAUCCCGACUCUCUGAGCAAACAGCUCUUUGCCUUUUGUGCAAGUAACAAGCGAUGUGCGGUGGAGAUGGCCUCUCUUCUAGCCAAUGUUUCUCAGAAUAUCAUCUCGCGAGAAGAAUUCCUCGCCGAAUCAAGAAUGCUCACAGAGACAAUGAGAGAAAUGAUCCACAAGGUUAGCGAAUUCAAUGAUCCAAAGUAUCUUGUCAUGGACUAUCCAGAGAAGAUGCCAUUGGAGGCGGACGAUAUUGUCGAUCCCUACGUUCCAGGAUUGGUCCAUACCGGUCCAUUCAGUGAAGUGGAUUUAGUUAAACUGGAGCUCCGAAGCAGUCUUCUUAUGUACAACUGCCAGAUCGAUCUGAUCACACAAACACUGGAACCCGCCGAGAUGUCGAAAUUUGCAUUGGAGCAAUGCCAGCUGGUUGAGACGAUAAACAGGCUGCCUAACAAGGAUCCAAUGUUCCCCCUAAUGUUUCACAACGUCCUGGGGUUGAUUUGCUUAUACAUUCCGCCUGAUGACCGCUAUAGAAUGUGGUGUCGGAAAAGGCUUGCUGAAAUAGAGCAACACGGAUAUAUAUUUCCUCCUGCAGUCCGAACAAGGGUAGCUGACAUCUGGAAGCUCCCCGAGGUUGCAGAUUGGUGGCUGCCAAAUGGCGAAGGAUGCCCCAAAUUAGUUCGAGAAAUUCGAGACUGGACGUCUGAACGUACUACGAAUCCCAGAGACAAUUUCAGGGAAGCAGUGAGAGAUAUCCGGUCUCUCUUCGGUAGAAUGACUUGUUCCGACGAUAGCAGCCAGGCCAGCACACCAAGUGCGCAUAGCGGAGCCUAUCAAGGGCUAUCACCUCCGCAAUCUUCCCCUUGA